AUCCACAUAUGAAGUUUAAUGAGAUUGAUAUGGUCUUCUUCCCCAUAAAUGCGUUUGAGCAUUUCUACAUUGUAUGCUAUGGGCUAAAGAAUCCAAGUAUGGAGCUGAUUGACAAUAGCAAAAACUGCCCAGACUACAAGGAAAAAUACCAAGGUCGUCCUGAGGGUUUGCACCAGAAUUUUGUGAGAUAUUUGGCAGACAAAAAACAUCACAAGGCGAGUGAAAUAAAUACAUUAACGCCUGACAGACUUGAGAUGGAGUGGAGAACGGCCAAAAACAAAUUUGAUUGUGCUAUUUUUGUCAUGAGACAUAUGGAGACCUACAUGGGCGGUGGUACAGCAAAUUGGAACUCUGGUUUUCAUAGAGAGGGUGAGCGAUUAAAAAAUCAGCUACAUAGACUGAGGUCUAUAUAUUGUUGCCAAAUUCUUACUGAACCAACAAAUGAAUUGGCCAAAGAAGUCAUCAGGAAAGCCCAACUGCACCAUGCUGAAACUGCCAAAUUCAAAAAAGAGACGAGGAAGAUCACAAGAUCUCAAAGAAAAUGAUAUUCUGAAAUCAGCAUAAUUUUCAAUGUUGAAGUUUACAGUUAUUGAGUACAUUGUCACUUAAUGUUAUGGAAUACUCUAGUUUGUGUUGAACUGCUUUUCUAUGUAAAAACUGCUUUAUGAGAAUAGCUUUGUCAUAGUUUUAUUUCAGAUUUUAUGAAAAUACUGUGAAGGUAGUGAAUGCAAAUGGAAGAAUUUCGAUUACAGCAUAUAAUGUGAGUUAUAAUUCAAGCUUUUAUGUAACAUACAAAUAAAUUGAUCGUUCUUAUUGUGGAUUGUAUGUAUUGAAUCUUGGAUCACUGUUUCAAUAUUAUCCUAAGUUAUUAC